GGGGGAUCGUAAACGUCGCUGGCUGGCGUCCUUAUGAAAAAUUGGCUCUGUUUUCAAUAGUGCGCGUUGUGGUUCGAAGCAUAACUCAUGGAUCCGGCCUGCCAUGAUAUUCCUGGGUUCCCAUUGCGACACGAAAUGCUAUUCGUGGAAAGAGAAGUUCGUAGAGAUUGCCCACUACGGCUCAGGGCAGUUGUCUCCUCUCUCGUCUGGAUAUGCCAACAACGUCUUCUGUACUUACUGCUGCGCUAUUUCAACUCUUGUGACCCUGUUUUAGUGGGAGCUGAAAUCGCCUCACGUGCCAUAUCCAGCUCAGUCGCUGUGGAUCGGUGGUUGCAUAAUUCGCUGCACAAUGUCCGAUGGCCAUCCAAUCAGGGGCAGGAGUUGGUAAAGGGUUUGUGUAUGCAAUUGCGGUUCGACACGCGGUCUGCCACCAUAUUGCGAAAUUGUACUACUACGCUGGACCUGCGCUAUUAUCGGCUGGUUUCGAAUGAUUUGGUGAUUUGUCUUACUGCCUGUUGGUCUUUCUUGACGGAGCUCAAAUUAAAUGGACAUCACCAUGGCCAGUUGUCCGUGCCCACAGUGACAGGAUUACACUGUUUGUUUGUGCUUGCUUAA